AUGUUAGUAGACAUACUCAAAGAAAACCCAUACUCCCAGCAAUUUAGGAGUUUGGGUGCACACAAGGACAACCUCGAUGAUUAUAGGAUAGACCUAAACACCGAUAAGAGGCUUGACCAAAGAAGAUAUAAUAGACCGCUGUCAACUGAGGUUGCUGCAAUUUGGGUUGAGGGCAGUGACCUAGCCAAAAGGUUUGACAGGAGGAUAACACUUUGUGGUAACAACAACGAAAGGCACAGUAUACGUGUGACCUCCGGAGCAUAUGAUCCGUUGUCUUAUCCCCUAUUCUAUCCAAGGGGGAAGCUAGGUUGGCACCCAAAGCUACCUAAACGUAAUGUUCCAUGGGAGGUUGUACAACAUCCUCAACUGGGCCAUGAUGAUGAGGAGGAUGCAGAGGGGAAUAGCAGGUUAUGCGUCUCCGUUAGAGACUACUACUGUUACAUGCUGCAAACACGGCCUGCGAUCUUCAAUCCCAUACUCUGUGGAGCACGCCUGCUGCAGCAAUGGGCGGUCGACAUGUACAUCAAGAUUGAGAGUUGUCGGUUGAGGUGGUACAGGAAGAACCAGACGCAGAUUCGUGCCGACUUGUAUAAAGGAGUUGUUGAUGCGAUCACAUCGGGGGAGACGAGAGUAAGCGCUGUUGGCACCCGAAUAGUUCUCCCUGGAACAUACCCUGGUGGCGACCGCGACAUGAAGAAGAGGCAUAUGGAUGCCAUGGCAAUUGUCCAUACAUACGGGAAGCCUGACAUCUUCUUGACCAUGACUUGCAACCCUAAAUGGGAAGAGAUAACAAAUGAGUUGCUUCCUGGUCAGACGGCGCAAGACCGACCUGAUAUUGUGGCUCGCGUGUUCUACGGCAAACUAGAGGCUAUGAAAUACAUGUUGUUCAAGAAGCAUAUCCUGGGUGUUGUGGUCGCUUACGUUUACGUAGUAGAGUUCCAAAAGAGGGGCCUCCCCCAUGCACAUUUUCUGUUGAUCAUGGAUUCAACAUAUAAGCUUGUCGUCCCGGAGCAGUAUGACCGACUAAUUUCCGCAGAGCUCCCAAACAAGCAGAAGUAUCCGGAAUUGCAUGCAUUGGUGGUAAAACAUAUGAUGCAGGGACCCUGCGGUGCUCUCAACCCGAAGAAUGUUUGCAUGCAAGAUAACGAAUGCAAGUGCAGAUACCCGCGCCCGUUCAAUGAGAACACAGCACAAGGCAAGGACUCAUACCCAGUUUAUCGGCGUAGAGACGAUGGAAGCUGUGCUAAGGUCCGAGGGAAAAUGUUGGACAACAGAUGGGUUGUGCCUUAUAACCCUUACCUUCUGCGGAUGUUCAAUUGCCACAUCAACGUUGAGGUCUGCUCUAGCAUAAAGGCCGUCAAAUAUCUUUACAAGUACAUUUACAAGGGCCAUGAUAAGGCUUCUUUCAGCAUCGACCAGCCCGAUGCCGAUGGUAACAUCGAUGAGAUCAAGAGAUACGUUGACGCAAGGUGGGUCACCCCUCCGGAGGCUAUGUGGAGGAUAUUUGGCUUCCCACUUUGCGCCAAUUACCCGCCUGUCCAUGAUAAGGCUUCUUUCAGCAUCGACCAGCCCGAUGCCGAUGGUAACAUCGAUGAGAUCAAGAGAUACGUUGACGCAAGGUGGGUCACCCCUCCGGAGGCUAUGUGGAGGAUAUUUGGCUUCCCACUUUGCGCCAAUUACCCGCCUGUCUUGCAGUUGCCUCUUCAUCUCCCAAAUAUGCACAGGGUUGCAUUCAAUGCGCAGGCUGACUUGAAGAAUGUUGUCGCCUCCGAAAAUGCUUCAAAAUCCAUGUUAACGGAGUAUUUCAAGGCUAACCAGGAACACCCUCGGGCUAGGCAUAUAUUGUACAAGGAUUUUCCUGGAAGCUUCACGUGGCAGAAGAAAAAGAAGUUUUGGAAGCCUAGGGUCGAGCGUUUUCAAAUAGGUCGCAUCGUGUCUGCCAAUCCUGCCGAGGGGGAGCAAUACUACCUGCGUGUGUUGCUAAACCAUGUUACGGGCAAAACAUCCUUCGACGACUUGCUCACCGUGGACGGCGUGCUAUGUGGGAGCUUUAGAGAUGCUGCUGAAAGGUUGGGACUCAUCGAGGCAGACAACACGCUCGACGACUGUCUUACUGAGGCUGAGCAGUGGGCAAUGCCAUGUUCUCUUAGGAGGCUCUUCGCAACCAUCUUGGUGCACUGCGAGCCAGGCGCCAUGCGCGGUUUAUGGGAUAGGCACCUCGAGCCUAUGUCAGAUGACUAUUGUCGAACACGCACGUCCCCGAACGAGGUGGAGCAGAUGGUGUUGCUUGACAUUAGGGGUAUGUUGUAG